AAUUAGUAUAACUUCAACAGGCACUUGUAGGCUACAGGUAUCCUCUAAAUCCUGUUGUUGCCCAAAAGAAAAUAGCUUCUCUCUACAAUUGAGUCAAAAAGCCUGCCCUCAUUUCAAUAUUUCUGCAGCAUAGGUGUUGGUGGUGAUACCCAUUCAAUCCCUGAUUCCUGGUUAACUAAGGGGAGAAUAUUCUAUAUUGGGGGGAUUUUUCCCCUGCUGACAUGGCAACAAUAUCUGAUUUCCCUUUUGUCAUCUGUGACAGUAUGGUUGCACCGUUGGCCCAUCCCCAGUCCCCCACUCUGUGAGCAGAAUGGCUGCUGGCUAGGGGAGCAGUCAGCUGCCUGGCGUCAGGGCUCAACCAGGCCACUCCAGAAGAGUUUCUGCAUUGCUGUCAUUCCUGCUGGGGGUAGUUGAUAGUACCACUGAAAGCACUGAGGACUCCUACCAUGGCUGGCAAGGUAUUGAAGAGCUUGCAGGAGUGAGCAGAUGGAUCUAUGGAGGGACCAUUGUGUAGUAGGCUACGAGAGUGAAGUGUGUUCCGAGGGGAGAUAACCCAGUGGGCACACUCUCUCCCUGCAGGUCCCCCUGGCCCUGUGGCCUGUGCAUGGGCAAUACAGAAGUGCUGUUUGUUGCUAUUUUCAUCAGUACUACCAACCAUCAGCGAUACCCAUCAGUUGUAAAAGGAAUGAAUGCACUCCCACCAGAGGACCGUCUGCUGAAGUUCCUAGUUGAUAAUUCUACCGAUGACUGUGAAGAGACAGUCCAGUGUGCCAACUGUGACCAGCAGAGCAACAAACAGGACACAGGGCCAAUGUUCUACUGUAACACGUGUAGCCAGCCCCUGUGUGGAGCUUGCAGGGAUUCCACACACAAGGCCAAGAUGUUCUCCCACCAUGAGAUUGUGUUCCUGGCCAAACGCACCAAAGUGUGCCACCGGAUGUGCUCUCUCCACGAUGAGCCCUACAUCAUGUUCUCCACAGAGAAGAAGUCGAUGCUCUGCAUCAAGUGUUUCAGAGACAUGCAAGUAGAGAGCCGGAUACACUGCAUCGAUAUUGAGACAGCAUACAUACAAGGCUGUGAGAUACUAGACCAGGCAGUGCUGGCAGUGAAGGAGCUGCAGACAUCGGCCCGUGAGGCUAUUAUCAUGCUGAGGGCCAUGAUAGGGGCGGUGGGCUCCAAUAUGGAGGAAGAGGAGAAUGCAAUCUGCAACAUCUUCACCAGUAUGCAGAUUGCAAGGGUCUUCAGCUCUCAACAAAAACUCCACGAAUGGACCAAACCCAUACUGGAAAGACUGGCUGAGAGGAAGACAAUUCUGUUGCGAGCGGCUCAAAGCCAACAUGAAGAAAAGGAGAAGGCGCUAAAGGAGCAGCUCUCACACCUUGCUGCCCUCCUGCCAACCCUGCAGGUUCACCUGGUCACCUGCUCAGCCUUUCUCAGCUCAGCCAACAAGUUUGAGUUUCUGGACAUGGGAUAUCAACUAAUGGAAAGGCUGAGGAGGAUUGUGAAGCUCCCUCAUCAACUGCGACCAGUGCAAAGCAGCAAAAUUAACACAGGCUACAGGGUUGAGUUUGCUCGCUGUCUGGAGCCCCUCCUGCUGCUGGGACAGCGCCGCCCAGCCUCCAUUACCGGAGCAACUAGUGUUGCAGCCCUGCUCCAUUCCCCCUUCUCCAUGUCGUGCCGCUCCCCGUCCCUCAGUGACAUGCCCCUGGGCUCGGCCGCGGGGAGAAAGUCUACCUCCCACCGCUACAUCUGCACCAAGGUCCUCCUGGCAGAGGGGGGCGACACACCCUUUACUGAGCACUGUCGCAACUAUGAGAACAGUUACAGGACCCUCCAGACUGAGAUCCAGAACAUGAAGGACCAGGUACAGGAGCUACACAGGGACCUGACCAAACACCACUCCCUCAUCAACACAGACACCAUGGGGGAGAUCCUGGACCGCUCCCUGCACAUCGACGGACAGAUCUCCUCCCAGUACUCCUCUGUGGAGACCAUGAGGGCUCUGUUUGAAGAGAUUUGGGAGGAGACCUUUCAGAGGGUCACUAAUGAGCAGGAGAUCUAUGAAGCACAGCUCCACGACCUGCAGCAGCUGAAGCAGGAGAACUUGUAUCUGACCACCAUCGCCCGACAGAUUGGACCAUACAUCCUGUCUAUCGCCAAGGUUAAAGAGCGCCUAGAACCAAGAUUUCAGGAGCCCAAAGAGCUUCAUGAUGACCGCACAGAAACCAUGCUGAAAAUCUAUGAGGACACCUCUAUGGCCAUGGACGCACAACACAGUGAAGACCACACCUGUCCCACUGACAGUGACUGGGAAAAGAACAUGGACAACCGCUCCCUUAUCAUACAGUCUGAUGAGGCUUCCAUCAAGACCAAUGACUACCAUUGGCCAGGAAGGCAGACAGCCAAUUACAAUGAGAUGCCAUUAUAAAGCAGAAUGUUACACUUUCCCCUCCCCCCUGUUUCCUGUGUGGCCUCCAGCUCAACACAACAGGACAGGGACAGCAUGUGACAUUAUCCUCUGUUCAGAUAGUCGCUCCUGACAUUUCAUGGUGACAUUUCUUGGCAGGGAGGUGUUGUCAUCAGCUCAGAGGUAAGUCCUUAGACAAACAGGUCUCAGAGGACUCCACUGACACUCACUGGACUCAAUGACUAACAAACUGGAGUCAAUGGACUCACUGAGAGGGCGGUGAAUCCCCUCCAAUCUCACUUGUCAAUGUGAAAAGAUCAAUCUGAUGGACCAGUAGAACACCUCAUUAUGGACUGAAUGGAUGGAGGAUCUGGAGUUUUAUGCUGAGGAAGUGACUGUGACUACCAUGUCUCAAUCAACAAUGCAUGGUUUUAGACCUGCAAUAACAUACAGAGGGAGAGUGCUUCCUCAGUUGAUAUUUCUAAAAUGGUCAUAUGUUGUUAUGCUGUGUUGUCCUGAAAGGGCUAUUCGUUUGAUUGUAUGGUUCUAAAACCAACGGUUGUAUAUGUAUCAUAUGAUCACUAGUUAUAUACAGUACAUAGUGGAUUGUAUCUGGUGAUGUAUGGCUUGUUGGUCCUCAUCCUCAGGUCAUAGAUAGUGCUGGUGUGACCUCAGCAAAUACAACAGUCAAGUGUAAUGAUGCACAUCAACUUGUGCAUUAAUCAUGGAGAAACUGGGUGAGUAUUGUCAGUGUGUUUUCCUUAAAUUACCCAAGAAUAUGCAGCAAAUUGGUGAAGUCGAGCUUAUGUGAGGGAAGCAAUGGCAAAAAUGUUGCGUCAGGAGCUGCUCCAGAAUCUCCCAUGUGUUCAAUUAGGUUGAGAGCUGGUGACUGAGACGGCCAUGGCAUAUGGUUUACAUCGUUGUCAUCCUCAUCAAACCAUUCACUGACCACUCGUGCCCUGUGGAUGGAGGAAUUGUCAUCCUAUGGGGGCAUAGCCAUGGUAACCUCAAUACCCCAUAAUGACAAAUGCGAAAAACUGUUUUUUAGAAAUGUUUGCAAAUGUAUAGAAAACAGAAAUACCUUAUUUAGAUAAGUAUUCAGACCCCUUGCUAUGAGUCUCAAAAUUCAGCUCAGGUGCAUCCUGUUUCCAUUGAUCAUCCUUGAGAUAUUUCUACAACUUGAUUGGAGUCCACCUGUGUGAUAAUUUAAAUUGAUUGGAGACGAUUUGGAAAGGCACACACUUGUCUAUAGAAGGUCCCACAGUUGACCGUGCAUGUCAGAGCAAAAGCCAAGCCAUGAGGUUGAAGGAAUUGCACAUAGAGCUCUGAGACAGGAUUGUGUCGAGGCACAGAUCUGGGAAAGGGUACAAAAACAUUUCUGCGGCACUGAAGGUCCCCAAGAACACAGUGGCCUCCAUUAUUCUUAAAUGGAAAAAGUUUGGAAACCAGCAAGACUCUUCCUAGAGCUGGCUGCCCGGACAGACUGAGCAAUCGGGGAAAAAGGGCCUUGGUCAGGGAGGUGACCAAGAACCCAAUGGUCACACUGACAGAACUCUAGAUUUCCUCUGUUGGGAUGGGAGAACCUUCCAGAAGGACAACCAUCUCUGCUGCACUCCACCAAUCAGGACUUUAUGGUAGAGUGGCCAGACAGAAGUCAAUCCUCACUAAAGGCACAUGACCGCCCACUUGGAGUUUGCCAAAAGGCACCUAAAGACUCUCAGACCAUGAGAAACAAGAUUCUCUGGUCUGAUGAAACCAAGCUUGAACUCGUUGGCCUGAAUGCCAAGUGUCACGUCUGGAGGAAACCUGGCACCAUCCCUACGGUGAAGCAUGGUGGUGGCAGCAUCAUGCUGUGGGGGUGUUUUUCAGCGUCAGGGACUGGAAGACUAGUCAGGAUCGAGGCAAAGAUGAAUGGAGCAAAUAACAGAGAUUCUUGAUGAAAACCUGCUCCAGAGCGCUCAGGCCCUCAGACUGGGGUGAAGGUUCACCUUACAACAGGACAACGACCCUAAGCACACAGCCAAGACAACGCAGGAGUGGUUUCGGGACAAGUCUCCGAAUGUCCCUGAGGGGCCCAGCCAGACCCCGGACUUGAGCCCGAUCGAACAUCUCUGGAGAGACCUGAAAAUAGCUGUGCAGCAAUGCUCCCCAUCCAAUCUGACAGAGCUUAAGAGGAUCUGCAGAAAAGAAUGGGAGGAACUUCCCAAAUACAGGUGUUCCAAGCCUGUAGCGUCAUACCCAAGAAGACUCCAGGCUGUAAUUGCUGCCAAAGGUACUGAAUACUUAUGUAAAUGUGAUGUGUUUUUUAUUAUUUAAUAAAUCAGCAAACUUUUCUGGAACUGUUUUUGCUACGUCAUUAUGGGGUAAUGUGCAGAUUGAUGAGGAUUUAAAAAAAAUCUAUUUUAGAAUAAGGCUGUUACCUAACAAAAUUUAGAAAACGCCAAGGGGUCUGAAUACUUUCCGAAGGCACUGUAUGUGGAAGUAUCUGCUGUCAAUAUACUUUGAAUCGCUCAUUAAGUGUUUUCAUUAUUGUGUCAGUUACCUAUAAAUAUUUAUCUGGUGUAAAUACGA